AUGGGAGAUUUUGGAUGUGGAAAUGGAGGAUGGACACCGGUCAUGAAGAUGGAUGGCAACAAGGUGUGUAACAUACGAAGGUGAUAUAUAGAUUUAGCAGAGGCGAAAAGCGAAGCUCUCGUGGGAACUUUUAAGAGAUAUCUUUCUAAAGUAAAGUUUUCUGAGUCUGCGAUCACUUUGAGACCAUAACUGGUGAGCGGAAAACUUUAAAAAACACGUCACAACAAUGAGUUGUACACCUGAGCCUGCGAUUCAGUAAUGUGACACUGGUUAGCGAAUACCCUAUUUUGACAGCUGUCAGUUGAUCAUAACCUGAAUGUCCAAAAUCGAGUCAAACACAUUUUGUAUAAAGCUAGUAAGUUAGACAUUUCACAUCCGCUAAGAUGGAGGGGACGUACGUAUGUACGAUUUUGACAGAACCAAAAUUUCUUGGAAAUUCUCCUACCCAUGUUGUUCCGCUGCGCGCACUUCGUGCGCGCGAGAGCUCCGCGAUGAGGUAAUAUGUUGACUUGAUGUUAAUCAAUGAAGGCCAUCUUUUUCUUCUUUUGUGUCACAGUCCCAGUCCGACUGAUAACAGCAUGCAAAAUUAAGUCGGCUAAACAUGUUUGUUCAUGGGUUUUAAAAAUUCUCAUAGUUAGAGGGAGACUAUGGAAUUGCACAGUACAGUUGAUUGCUGGUGGUUCUUUUAAAUUGCGGGCGUUCGUUUUCAUCGGUUGAUAGAGCUCCCACGGAUAGCUGUUGCAGAAGUUUUCCUCGGGAAUUUACCGUCUUUACCUUGAAUCUUCUGUAAUUGUUUAACUGCAGUAUCUCUAUCAUAUCGAUAAAAAAAAACUAAUGCUCUCAUUCAAGCUUACUAUAUGCUUUUUCCUUUAAGUGAUUUUCUUUUACAGCAAACUUUUUAUUACAAUUCCGCCCUCUGGAACAACAAAGAAACCUUUAACCUUGAUGGAGGGAAGACUGGGUUUGACUCCCAAGAGACUAAACUGCCCUCCUACUGGAACACACCCUUUUCCAAGAUCUGCCUCGGCAUGAAGAUCGGUCAGCAGUUAAAUUUCAUUGUAAUCAACAGGAACGCCAGCUCCCUGUACUUUUUGAUUGCUGACGGACAAUUUCGAGCCACUACACUGGGUCGUGCAACGUGGAAGUUUCUGAUUGGUCCCGAUGCCUCCCUGCAGGCCCAGUGUAACAAGGAAGGGUUUAACAGUCAAUGCAGUGGCCUUUCCAAAGCCAGAAUAGGUAUCAUUAAAAUGAACAAAACAACUGCAAUUCCUGUGACUCUAGAAAUGGGUUUGGUACUGGAGGAGAUCCUGAUGAUACCAACUCUUGCGGAAACGAGGCUACUUGGUCUCCAGACAAUGGUGACAAGCAUACCAAGGCUGUAG